AUGAUUCAAUAAUUUUUGAAUAAUAAUAAUAAAAAUUCAGAAUAAUCCUUUAAAUAAUCUUAGAUUAUACAACAAAAGAAUUUUGGUAAAAUUCCCUGUUAAUUUAAUCAUGGAUCUCCUAUUAAAUGUUUGAUUUUUGAUGUAACUAAGGAAAGGUAAGCUACUUACUUUUGUGAAAAUGCUUUAUUAUGUAAGUUUUACCUUAAAAUACAAAACCUUUGGAUAAAGUAAAAGGAUAGGUGAUUUAACAAAAAUAAUUAUCACUUGAAUUAGGAAAUAUGUUGAUUUAGAAAUAAGAAUAAUAGGUGGAAUAUUUAGGAUUAUAAAUUGAUAAUUCCAAAUCAUUCAUUAUAUAUUAGUUAUAUUAAUCUAAACAAAAUAUAAAGAUGCGAAAAUAAUAAUUUGAGGUUUUCUAUGUGCAAGAAAAUGAAAUUUAAUGUUGAAUUAGAAGUGAAAUAUUUGCAUUUAAAUCUGGAAAAAUAUAAAUUAAAAGAACUUAUCAGACUUUAGGCAAAAAUUCUAAAUUACAAUUAAACUUUUAAUCAAAAAAGAGACCAGAAAAUACAUCAAUUUCUUGAUUUAAAUUUAUGA